AGUUUAUAUUGGUCGGAAGAUCAUAAUUUUUUGAUCCGAUGGGAUUCCGAUACCCCGCUUACUAAAGCUUUAAAACGAAAGAAUUCGCUUUCAUUUUAACAUUCGAAAGAAUUCGCUUUCAUUUUAACAUUCGAAAGAAUAUACCUAUUAUAGUAAUGCCAAUUAUAUUAAAAGGAAAAGUUGCAUUGAUAACAGGAGGGACCAAUGGUCUUGGAGCUGCCGUUGCUCGCCAAUUAGCCGGAGAAGGUGUCAAUUUAAUCCUCAAUUACUUUCAAUCAGAAGAAAGAGCACAGAGACUUCGAGAAACUCUUGAAACAGAAUUUGGAAUUAAAGUCAAACUUUUACAAGGCGAUGCUGCUGAUAAAGAAGUUAGCAGAACCUUGGUCCAAACAGCUAUUGAAUAUUUUGGAAGACUUGAUAUUGUUAUUUCUAACGCGGGGUGGACAAAAAUUGUACCCUUCGAUAAUCUUGACGAUUUAGAUGAUGAUAUAUGGGAUAAUUGCUAUAGUGCCAAUGUCAAAGGCCAUUUCUUUUUGUACAAAUCAGCAAAGCAAUAUUUGGAAAAGAAUGAAGAUGGUGGUACUUUUAUAGUAUCUGCAUCUGUAGCAGGUAGAAUGGUGUACGGAUCAAGCAUUCCUUAUGCAGUAACCAAGGCGGCAUUGAUUCACUUGGUGAAAAUACUUGCUAAGACUCAUGGCCCAAAGGUUCGGGUUCAUGCGGUUUGCCCAGGUUUAUUAAUGACAGAUUGGGGAAAGAGAUUCUCUCCCGAGAAGAUUGAAAGAACGGUGAAACUUUCCCCGAUAGAUAAAUUACCAGAUGUUGAAGAAACUGCUUCGCAGUACAUUUUAUUAUCGAAAUUAAGCACUUCGACAGGUACAAUUGUUGCAAUGGAUGGUGGUAUAUCUAUUUCUUAAAACCUUCAGAUGUCUCUCCACAGAAGUAUUUGUAUUUUUUAGAUAUUUGUAAUUAUACAUUCAUCUGUACAAUAAAAACGCCAAAAGUAU